AUGAGAGUUGUAAUUGUGGAUGAGUUACCAGGUAGUAUUUCUGCACCAGGCAUGCAUAAGGUUUAUCAAAUGCUGCAGGGUAAAGGGAUUAAAACUGCAGAUGAAAUUUCAUCCAACACUGUCUCAAGGAUUGAAUUAAUAGUGGAUUCUGAUUAUUUUGCUGAUUUUGUUGGUGGUGUUACCAAGUUUGAAGGUGUUAGAUUGUUUGAGACACCUAGUGGUUACAUUCCAUUUGGUAAGAUUUCCUCACAAUAUUCCAAUAACCUGGAAACUUCCAUUAAGACAAAUGUUGUUGUUUGCAGAUUAACUGCUAAUAUUUAUCUUCUUCAUGUUAGUGAUUUGAUUGAAGAGAAUAAUGAACAAGUUCAUAAAUUAUGGGAAUUAGAAUCGAUAGGCAUCAAUCCAACUGCCCCAUCGGUAGAAGAUGAUUGUGUCUACAAAAGGUAUGUCAAUAGUAUUGAGUAUCAAAAUGGACAGUAUUUUGUUCGUCUUCCCCGGAAAGAAAUUUGUCCCCUUUUGCCCAACAACUAUAGAAUGGCUUUAGGUCAAGUGUAUACAUUAAGGAAAAAUUUAUCCAAGGUUCCUGGACGUUUGGAUGCAUACCAUAAUAUCAGCCAGGAUCAGUUAAAACAGAAAUUUAUUGAGAAAGUUCCUGAUGCAGUAGCUGGUGCUAAUACACAUUAUAUUCCGCAUCAUGGGGUGCUUAAAGAUUCAGACACUACCCCCUUAAGGAUAGUGUAUAAUAGCAGUGCUCGAGAUGGAAAGGAUAAUCCUUCUCUCAAUGAUUGUUUAAUCAAGGGACCCUCCCUGACAGAGAUGUUAGGUGAUGUUUUGUUAAAGUUUAGAGUCAAUGAUUUUGCAUUUUGUGCAGAUAUUAGCAGAACCCAGAAGCAGGUUUAG